AUUGAUAAAAAAAAUGUUAUGUUGAUACGAUUCAUUUAUGAAGCAAGUUCCCUAAAAUUCUAAAUUUGGCAAAAUUCAAAAUGAGUUGUGGCCAUGGUUCCGGUCAACCUUUUGUGAGCAGUGAAAUAAGACAGAAAUAUAAGAAUGUCAAAUACAUAAACACAGAGGAUUAGAAGGAAGUAAGUCUUCCGAUUUCUAUCAGCCAACCAAAAGAGUAAAGUCACGUGUGGUUUUGUUUUGUGAGCAACUCUCAGCCCAGAAUAGAUGUUGUGACUUCCUCAAAGUGCUGCUUCGGCUGCUCGGUGCUCACACUCCGACGAUGGAUAAGGACAUGGACGCAAUCUAUGCCAACGAUAAAUUCAUCAAUUGUGUCCCCCCCACAUGUUCAGAAGUGGACUCAGGUGCCAAGAGGUCUCGGACGACGAGGUCUCAUGGAGCUGCUGCUGCUGCCGUCGUCCUCUUUCUGCUCCUGCUCAGCGUGAUCCUGCUGGCUGCACUCGUCGGCCUCGGUGUCUACCACCAUGACUCCGCACAGCACUGUGCUGCUGUAACAGUCAACCUCGCUGAGCUUCUCCAAGCCGCUGAAAACAAGAGAGACCUGCUGACUGAUGAACUCGCCAACAAGACCAAAGAGCUGCAGGAGUUUCAGAGUCUGAUUCCACACCUGAUGCCUUGUCCCAAUGGAUGGACAAUGCUUCAGUCGUCCUGCUAUUUUCUCUCCUCGACGUCCGGUUCUUGGGAUCACGGCAGGAGUGACUGCAGAGAGAGAGGAGCUGACCUGGUGAUCAUAAGCAACACUGAAGAGCAGAAAUCCAUGUCUAAGCUCAGCACUCAUGACAUUUGGAUUGGUUUGUCAGACAGAGACCGUGAGAAUACCUGGAAAUGGACGGAUGGAAGUCCUCUUACUUUGACGUUUUGGCAAAACCAGCAGCCAGAUAAUGGCAAUGGAGAUGCACGGUACGGCGAGGAGGACUGUGGAACUCUCGUUGCUGGAAAAGACGUUAAUAACAACUGGAAUGAUCUGUCGUGUGACGCCUCCCUGCACUGGAUCUGUGAAAAAAAAGCCUUGGUAUUGAGUAAAAUUUGAAGUUUGGUUCGUAAUUAAGCAGCGUAUGUUAGAAUUGUUCGCUCACAUGAAUGUUUUGUCAUUUAAUUUUGCUUUAAGUUAAAUAUAUGUUCACCUUUGUUCAAGUCACUUUUUUUUGUGAGAAAUGAUUGUUAUCUUUUCUUGUUCUUCCUCAAAGUAAACAGAUACAGCGUGAAACCACAGUCUUUAAUCUGCCAUACAUACUGCACAGAAUAUUUUUUACAUCUAUUUACAAUAGGUAUUUAUCCAUCUUAUUCUUGGCUGUGCUACUGUUAUUUUAUGUUAAACGAUUAUUUGUAGUGGGCCACACGGUGGUGUAG